AUGCCUAAGAAGGCUAACAGGAUUGAGCCCAAGAGGAAAAACAUAGAAAAACAAAAAAAGUUUCAUCCAUGGAUUACACGAAUCUUCAGCCACCAAUGCUAUGUCACUCUCCUUACUGGCUGCUACAGUUGUCAGUGGAAGUUCAGACGAUGGGAAAAAAUUAAACCUGGAUCCUGUUGCUGCAGUCUGAGAGAGCAAUUAUUUUACCCAUGCCUGCUAAUUUCAUUUAUCUUGUCUGUGAUUUUCCUGUACCUAUGGAUAGAAACUUCAAAUGAAUACUUUAACUUUGACUGGGUUGUUUUUCUAGGAACAGGACAUUGGAUCUUCUGCUCUAUUCUUCUUCUAAGUUUAGCUGGGAUCCUGACUGCCUACUCUUCAUUGCUGUUGUUACUUGGAUAUUUGUUGCUUUGGGAAGGGAUUGAACUCUACUUGCACUGGUGUCAUAAGAUCCUGGUUCUUGUGGUUAUUCUGCUGUGCGUCUUUUUUAUGUUCGUUAUAUGCAAAUUCUGGAAAGAAAGGUGGCUGGUAGCUGGGAUGUCACUGAAGAUCUUUUCUCCUUACGUGCACCUGUGCAGCGUAACUCUGAUGGUUGUCCUUUCCUGGCCUUUGGCCUUCUACAUGGCCCGUUUGGAAAGAGAAGUUAGAAUAAGAAGACACAUGAUGACCCAUUCUGAGAAAAAAAGACUCAAGAGGUGUAAUAUAUUCACAAGGUUAAGAGGUCUACAAGUGGCUGUUGGAUUGCCCUUUUUUCUUAUCCUUUUAUGUCUCUAUUUGAUGCCACUGGGAAUUUAUUCUCCCUGCAUUCAGAAGGAGGAGGAUUUGGGGCCCAAGCCAGUCCUCUUUGGACAUAGAGGUGCACCCAUGCUGGGGCCUGAGAACACCAUGAUGUCCUUUGAGAAAGCUGUUGAACAAGGAGCUUAUGGACUAGAGACUGACAUACACUUAAGUGUUGAUCAUGUGCCUUUCCUGUUGCAUGACCAUGACCUGAGAAGAACAACCAAUAUCAUGGAAGUUCUGCCAGACGCUGCCUUCAAGCACCCUGCCUUCUUCGAUUGGACAUUUCUGUCGACUCUAAAUGCAGGCAGAUGGUUUGUAGACCCACAGACCAAACCAUUUUUCAAUAUGAAACCUCUAUCAGAGGAGGAUAAAAAAAGAGCAAGAAAUCAGUCGAUUCCAAAACUAGCUGAUUUUUUGAGACUUGCAAAGAAGGAAAAUAAAUUUGUGAUAUUUGAUCUUUAUGGCCCACCACCAAAACAUCCUCUCAGACACACAUUUGUCCGCCGAGUAAUAGAUGUGAUCCUUGACUCUAAAAUUGAGCAACGUCGGGUUUUUUGGUUACCGAGCCAUGAUAAGGCAUAUGUCAAGUACAUGGCUCCUGGUUUUCAGCGUAUAGAAACUUCACUCUCCAUUGAAUACCUUACAAAAGAAAAUAUCAGUAGAAUAAAUGUUGACUACAAGAAUUUAGUCUACAGUAAGUUAGGAGAUUAUAAAGCAGCCAACAUCAAGAUCAACUUAUACAUCGUCAAUGAGCCUUGGCUGUUCUCACUGGCCUGGUGCUCCAGUAUUAGCUCAGUGACCACAGACAACAUUCCGCUUCUGAGUCAGAUUAAUCACCCUUACUACUUCAUGACACCAAGGUUCUAUAUGUUCAUGUGGAUUUUCACGGAUAUUGUUUCUGCAGUUGUCAUUUUUGCCAUAUUUUAUAUUCACUGGCGGAGAGAGAUCACAAAAGCAAAAUUGUUCCGAAGCUCCACCAUUCUCUCAGACAGUACAAGCCAAAGUGAACAUCAGGGAACUUCUCACUUAUCCGUGAAGGCACCUCCCCGAGUUGUGGAAAGUCCUUGGACCUUAGCGGCCCUCAACCCAGCUUUAAACAAGAGCACAGAUAAAUACCCGGAUGCUUUUCAUUUUGGUGUAGCUUCCAAGAAACCAGCACCUGUCAAGAACACUGUUGCACCUCUGAAGCCUGCCAAACAUGACAGUCAACCACCAGCACCUACUAAGGUCUUUGAAUUCACCCGAGCACCCAGCUGGCAGGAUACCAACAAUGCCACCCUUCAAGCUACAUUGCCUGCCUUGAAGGUGGAUAAACCAACACUGCCCUCUGUAGAGGCCCCCCAUCCUGAAACAGACCCCGAAGAGACCCCCAUGGCUGGAUCUUCCCAGGAAACCUAUGUAACUAUAUAUUCUACCAAACCCAACAUGUCCUCCUCCUAUGGGAUGUUUUCAAACAAUUAG